GUACCAGUGAGUUUGUGUUUGGUAAAAUAUUGAAAUUUGUGAAACUAGUAACUUAGUCUAGUGAAAAUAUUUAAAUGUGUUUUUUUUCUUCAUUAGGGGAAUAGGGCCUACCGGUGGCUUUCGCUAUAUCAUCACCAGAAAUUUGAAACAUAAUGUCCUACAUUUGAUUCUAAAUGAAAACAUUUAUGGUCUUAGCUUUGUGCAGAUUUCUGAAUUUUGACGAAAAUGGUCGUUUAUAAAAUAAAUGAAUAAAUGGCUUUCAAUCAGCCGCGGCAUGCCGAAAUGUUUUUUUCUUCAAAGUCAAAAUUUCUAAAUUUUUGUUUUGUUCAUGAACUGUUGCUUCUUCAAAUAAUGACAUCCAGUUGACAAGUUGCUGGACAAUAAUUGUUCUUUAAUACAUGUCGAAAUAGUCUACCUUUCAAUUCGGAAGAACAGCACAAGUAGGAGGUCGUCAUUACUUCCCCUGACUGACAUGUCUACCGGGAGUAGUUUACUUUCUACAUUGAUGUGCUUCCUGUGCUUUAUAGACUUGACUAAAGGGCAAUGCAGCUUGCAAAAAAUGAGUGACACUUACAUGAGAGAAGCCGACUUGAUAGAGAAAAAUUAUGGUUCUGACAUUGAAUGUGCCAAUCAAUGCCUGGCAGACUCUGAAUGUUGGGCCUAUAUUUUUUAUGUCGGAUGUAGAUUCGCCGACAAGACAACAGCCGAUGCACAUUAUCCUGAAGAUGGCGACUAUAUCUAUUUGAAACAAUGUGAUGAAACUACUACGGAAUCAACAACCACGACAACAACAUCAACAACGACAACAACCCCAUCAACAACGACAACAACAUCAACAACAACGACUACAGAACCACUAACAACAACGAGUCAGCCGACAACAACUACAUCGUUAACGACAACAACGACUACCACAACUACACCAGUUUCAAUAUCAACUACACCAUUAUCACAAAGUCUGCCAACAUCAUCAACUACGUCAGCGAAUGUCGUAACCACGCUACCAGCAGCCAAUGGAAAUAUUUUAAGCAACACGGACGCCAGCGGUCAGAUUGUAAGUUUGACUACGAGCAGCUGUAAGACUGCCUGUGACCUGGUCUUACAGUGUCAACAUUAUGUCUUGGACAGCAGCAAUGUCUGUAAAUUGUUUACCACCACGCCUGAACAGACGUCACAAACUGGCAGCAUUCUUGGGAGAAAGAUCAAUUGUCCUGAUGGUCAACCCUGCUGCUACCAGACCAUCUCAGAUACCAAUGACGAAACUGUCCCUCAACUUUCUUUCACACAGUCUUUCUCGUCUUGCCAAGAGCUAUGUUUAAAGUUGGCCCAGUGCCGGGCUGUGGUAUUUACUGGCACUACCUGCCAACUGUAUACGUACAUAGAGCAGACCUCGUCAAAGCCUGGUUACACGAUGUACAUUAAACCAGACGGAGUGUCAAGUGAUUACAGUGUUUCUGAUGUUUGUCUGAAAGGAUCCAGCACAACGCCAUUGAUUCAUCUCAUUAUUUUAGCAGUUGCUUCUGUGUUUCUUCUCAGAAGAUCUAUACUCCGCUGACACCAAUGUAACGAUUACAACAAAAGUACAGAAAACAGCAACACAAAAUAUUGGAAGAAAAUAUUUACCGCUUAAAAAAACAUUUUUACCAGAUGAACAUUUGAUCAUCUAAAUCAUGAAACCAAAGUUGUAUACAAAAACUUGUUUUUCUUUUACACAUGUGAUAUUUUACACAUUUAAAAAAAUAUUAUCUUAUUGUUUUACAUUAUAACAUACUUAUACUAGAUAAGAUAUAAGUAAUUAUUUUAUAAAUUAUCUUAUUUAUUUAAUUUUUGUACAUGUUUAUUUUCUAUUCUCAAAUCUGUGAUAACUAAGGAGUGAUUCUAUCUGGUAUCUUUGGUACACAUAGACAUUGGCUGCAGACGUUUUCUUUCUUAUCUAACUUAUAUCAUUUGCAGCCAAUAAGAAAAAACUUUAACAUUUGUUGUAAGAUAUAGAAAGUUUUAUCAUUUGAAGAAAAAGCGAAUUGUUAUUAGUUGAUAUGUCAAAACAAACAAUGUCGAGAUCAACAAUUAUACAAGAGAAAACCAAAUGCAUUAGGAUUUUAGUAAAACAAAUGUAAGGGCUGCGAUUUAAAUUGCCUUUUUGUGUCCUAGAAAUAUCUGGGGGGGGGGGGUUAUCUCUAAGUAUCACAAAAACAUGUUUCUUGCUGUUUCCUAGAAAUAUCUGUUUUUUUAUCUCUAAGUAUCACAGAAACAUGUUUCUUGCUGUGUCCUAGAAAUAUCUCUUUUUAUCUCUAAGUAUCACAGAAACAUGUUUUUUUUUCUGUGUCCUAGAAAUAUCUAUUGUUUUUUUUAAUCUCUAAGUAUCACUGAAACAUGUUUCUUGUUGAUGAACUUCUUUUCAGCCUUUUUUUUUUAGCCUGAUCGUUAGUUACACUUUCAAUUAAUUAUUUUCGCACAUAAUAAUAAUUGAAAGAAAUAGCCCUCAGCAUCAGUUCAUACUUUGUAGGUUUGAUUACGCCAGUCUGUUCAGAAAGACCUUAUAAUUGAGUCUGUUAAUUAAAAUAAAUAGAUCGAAAAAUUCCUUAAAACAUGUCUCACUAUCGAGGGGCAUGGGAAUGUAAGAGGUCAAGUCUCCUACCAGUUCUUGCCCUGACCUAAUCCAGUCAUCAAGCAACUAAAUAACACUGACUCUGUUGUUAUUGACCAUACUCUUUUUGUUAUUGUCUAGACUUUGUUGUUAUUGACCAGUCUCGGUUGUCAUUGACUAGACUCUGUUGUUAUUGACUAGACUCUGUUGUUAUUAACCAUACUGUUGUUAUUGACUAGACUCUGUUGUUAUUGACCAGACUGUUGUUAUUGACCAGACUCUGUUGUUAUUGACGGUCUUUCUCGCCCUUUUACCUGUAUGGAAUCUUUGAUUAAAGUGUUGCCUUAUAGAGCUCUUUUAUAUGAGAAGAACAAAUAAUCAUCAACCAAAAAAGUCCAGUAUUCAAAAAGUCUAGUAUUUGAAAAGUCUAGUAUUUCAAACGCUAGUUGUUUUUGUUUCUGAUAUUUUUUGUUCUUCUCUUUGGUUCAACUGUUCCCGCUGCUGUUUGUUAGUUUUCCCAUAGCGAGACCACAUGAAGCAGAUGAAGAGAUAAAAAAUGACUUUAGGAUACAAAGAAUCUCAUUCAACCGUAGUAGAGUUAUCAGAUUGGCAAUCUAGACUCUCGUAGUAAAGUGAUUUUUUUGUUCCUGCGUCUAGCUCUAUAUUCCAUUCCAAACAUCUUGUGAUCUAGGGCCCAUUGAAUACAUGACAAAGCACGAUGUUAAUGCUAAUCAUCCAAAGAACGAAUAUAUUUAGCAUGGGUGGAUCUAGAAGUGUGUCGAUAGAAUCAAAGGCUUUGGAAUACAUUAAAUUAAAAGAUUAUAAUUUAAAUCUCCAACUGAAAAACACAAAUCUCUGUGUGUAUGUGUAUUUAUAAAUAUAGAUGAGAAAUAUUUCAUUUGAAAGCUUCAUAAUGCUCUCAUUUCCAUAUUGAGAUUAGCCAUUUUCGACCUGCCAACCAUGUUUAGUCCAUAAAUUUGCAAGCUAAUUAGAGGAUUUCAGAUUCCAAAUUUAUGGUAGACCGCUGGGUGGACGCAGUUGUCGAUAACGGCUCUUUUUCAAAGAAAGUAGACAGUUAAUAUAUAUCUUUGGGGAAAGAGUUACGCUCAUUGGCCACACAGGAAAAACUCGUGUUUGAUGGACCAACUGAUGGACCAACUGAUGGACCAACUGAUGGACCAACUGAUGGACCAACUGAUGGACCGAACAAAACGAACAACAUUUUUUCCCCUUUCGUGAGCCGCCAAAAAUAUUGUUUUCUUCAAGACUAUUUCUCAUUCUUCAAGUUGAUACCUGUUUCGUCAGAUUGAAUAUUUGACUACAAAUAACUGAUGAUUUAAAAAAAACCUGGUUGGGCGUAUGUAUGCAGUUAGAAUAUCAACAAAUAUAUUGAUAGGUCAGGAGAUCUAGACUUUGAAGACCGUCACAAAAUGUUCCUGAACGUCCAUUAACCUAUUGAAUGAAUACCCGAAGACAAAUUCUGUUCAGUUCAAUAGUUUCUAGUCCUCUAGCCAAAUGGAAAUAAUUUUUGUAUUCUUUGAAAGAUUAUAAAAUAGUUACACUUUAGUCAUUCUUGUCUCAAAUAUAUUGUUACGUAUCUCUCCUACUAUCCAGGCUCUCUUCAAACUGCACCACACGACACAACGAACUUAAAGAACCUCACAACUCAGGGCUCCAAAGUAUCAGUCAAUUUAAUUUCAAAUACAUUACUAAUAUUGUACAGUUGGCAAUAACAUCACACUAACUGUCCAAAACCUAGCCUUGCUCCUCCUGACUUCACACACCGUCUGUCUCUAACUUCGCCUCGUACUGGUCACAUUGCGAGGUAACGUGAAGUCUCGUCUUUCUGACACACUCGCUCUUAUAUAGUGUCUCUACUGGCCUUCUAGAAUCGGAUGGAACGUUCUUGACCACUCAGAAUGAUCACAAUCGCCGUGACUUGCGUGCGUAAUAUUUACACACAGGUCGUUGCCGAACUGGCGUGUACUGUCACUGGUCACGGUUGACCGCUCGUCCUGCGCUGGACUGUGGCGAUUAGGGUAGGCUAAAAACACACAGCACUACCCCCAUCUGUGUCACCACCAGGUUUACAACACUGACCCCUCCUUAGAUCUGUCCGUCCCGGACAGCAUCAAUCUCAUGACAUGGGAUGUGUAGUUUCAUCGCUGCAGGUGGGGGUCGAUCGGUGGGGGUGACAGUGGGCUUGCCUCUUGAGCUAGACGAAGCCAUCCACGUUGAAUUCAGCAACUGUCGCUUUCGUCUUCUCUGCCAGUUGACCUUCACCUGGUUGCACUGACAUCGUGGUCGCAUCGCCAUCCUCGAACGCAGCCAACGUCGCUUUCUUCUCCUCCAGUCGAUCUUCAUCUUGUUGCAAUGACGUCGUGGUUGCAUCACCAUGCACCUUGGGCUCAUCAAACGUCGCCUUCUGUCAUUCUGUACUGCGGGCAGCCAUUUUACACAUGGGGAGGAAUAGGAUGCCAGGGCCGGUGUCACCAAAAUCAUUGGCCUAACAGGUGGUUUCAAAUGGUUUUCUCGAAGAGGACUUUUGGGAUGGGUUUCCGGUUCACUGGAGGGGAAAUUAUGGGACAGGUCAUCAUCUUCAGACUUGUAUGGAGGACAUGCUUGUGGGGCAGGUUGGUAACUCUCCACACGCAAUGGUCCCUCUUCUUCGGCAUCAGGCUGCGCAUCUGCUUCGGUCGACUAGUUUCAGCAGCUGACCAAUCGUCUGUUGGGUUGAGACCUUUUCGAUUACUUUCUACUUGCAAGGGGGUCUCUGCUGCGUCAUCAGGUUUCGGUGGGUGUUCGUAAUCAUCACCAGGGCUUAUCUCGUUGGUCCAUUUCUGAGAAAAUCAUUAGAGCCUUUUUUGUGAACCAUGUCCACCCACAGAGAUUUUAGAAGAUUUUUAAAACAUGUUUUUGGACCCAAUGAAUUGGCAAACUAAAUUUAAGGAAUUGUAAAGUUACAUUUUUAUACAAACUACGUUGAGACAUAAUGUUUUAUACAAACUACGUGAAGACUUAAUGUUUUAUACAAACUACGUUAAGACCAAAUGUUUUAUACAAACUACGUGAAGACUUAAUGUGUUAUACAAACUACGCGAAGACAUAAUGUGUGAUACAAACUACGUGAAGACCAAAUGUUUUAUACAAACUACGUGAAGACUUAAUGUGUUAUACAAACUACGUGAAGACUUAAUGUUUUAUACAAACUACGUGAUGACAUAAUGUGUUAUACAAACUACGUGAAGACAUAAUGUGUUAUACAAACUACGUGAAGACUUAAUGUUUUAUACAAACUACGUGAAGACUUAAUGUUUUAUACAAACUACGUGAAGACUUAAUGUGUUAUACAAACUACGUGAAGACAUAAUGUGUUAUACAAACUACGUGAAGACUUAAUGUUUUAUACAAACUACGUGAAGACUUAAUGUUUUAUACAAACUACGUGAAGACAUAAUGUGUGAUACAAACUACGUGAAGACAUAAUGUGUUAUACAAACUACGUGAAGACCAAAUGUUUUAUACAAACUACGUGAAGACAUAAUGUGUUAUACAAACUACGUGAAGACUUAAUGUUUUAUACAAACUACGUGAAGACUUAAUGUUUUAUACAAACUACGUGAAGACUUAAUGUUUUAUACAAACUACGUGAAGACUUAAUGUGUGAUACAAACUACGUGAAGACAUAAUGUGUUAUACAAACUACGUGAAGACUUAAUGUUUUAUACAAACUACGUGAAGACAUAAUGUGUGAUACAAACUACGUGAAGACUUAAUUUUUUAUACAAACUACGUGAAGACAUAAUUUUUUAUACAAACUACGUGAAGACAUAAUGUGUGAUACAAACUACGUGAAGACUUAAUUUUUUAUACAAACUACGUGAAGACCAAAUGUUUUAUACAAACUACGUGAAGACAUAAUGUGUUAUACAAACUACGUGAAGACUUAAUUUUUUAUACAAACUACGUGAAGACCAAAUGUUUUAUACAAACUACGUGAAGACAUAAUGUGUGAUACAAACUACGUGAAGACAUAAUGUGUUAUACAAACUAAGUGAAGACAUAAUGUGUUAUACAAACUACAUGAAGACCAAAUGUUUUAUACAAACUACGUGAAGACAUAAUGUGUGAUACAAACUACGUGAAGACAUAAUGUGUGAUACAAACUACGUGAAGACUUAAUGUUUUAUACAAACUACGUGAAGACUUAAUGUUUUAUACAAACUACGUGAAGACAUAAUGUGUUAUACAAACUACGUGAAGACAUAAUGUUUUAUACAAACUACGUGAAGACCUAAUGUGUUAUACAAACUACGUGAAGACAUAAUGUUUUAUACAAACUACGUGAAGACAUAAUGUGUGAUACAAACUACGUGAAGACCUAAUGUUUUAUACAAACUACGUGAAGACUUAAUGUGUUAUACAAACUACGUGAAGACAUAAUGUGUUAUACAAACUACGUGAAGACAUAAUGUGUGAUACAAACCACGUGAAGACUUAAUGUUUUAUACAAACUAUGUGAAGACAUAAUGUGUGAUACAAACCAUGUGAAGACAUAAUGUGUGAUACAAACUACGCGAAGACAUAAUGUGUGAUACAAACUACGCGAAGACAUAAUGUGUGAUACAAACUACGCGAAGACAUAAUGUGUUAUACAAACUACGUGAAGACAUAAUGUGUGAUACAAACUACGUGAAGACCUAAUGUUUUAUACAAACUACGUGAAGACUUAAUGUUUUAUACAAACUACGUGAAGACAUAAUGUUUUAUACAAACUACGUGAAGACUUAAUGUGUUAUACAAACUACGUGAAGACUUAAUGUUUUAUACAAACUACGUGAAGACAUAAUGUUUUAUACAAACUACGUGAAGACUUAAUGUGUUAUACAAACUACGUGAAGACAUAAUGUUUUAUACAAACUACGUGAAGACAUAAUGUGUUAUACAAACUACGUGAAGACAUAAUGUGUUAUACAAACUACGUGAAGACAUAAUGUUUUAUACAGACUGCGUGAAGACAUAAUGUUUUAUACAAUCUAGCACGUAUGACAACAACGUAAGACUGCCUCUGUCUCGAGCAAUAUUUUAUGGGCCUGGAAGUUUCUUUUGGAAAGAUUCUUGUCUCGUAAAGUUGCUUGUGAGUCCUAAUCCUUUCUCUCGACUUUGAUGACAUGAUCCAAAUGUAUUUUUUUAAAUUAAUUCACUUGGUUGCUGCAUAAUUACCAUGGGAUGCAGUAUUAAGCGAUAUGGCUAAAUGUUUGAAGUGUAGUCCCAUUAUAUAAUUGUACACGCUAUUUCUUCCACACCCAUUCUCGGAUCAUACAGAAACGUACUGCAAGUAUUUAUUGUACCUAACAAAACAUGAAUCGAUUUGAAAAUCAACAAAAUAGUUAAGUAAUUAUUUGGUAAAUAAUUACUUUGUUUGAUAUUAAAAAUGGAAAUAAAUUCUACAUUAUUGAGAGAUAUAGUUAUAAAUGUUGAAUUCUUCCUCUUAGAUAACCUUUUUUUAAAAAAGAAAUUAAUUAUAUUUUGCUUGUUAACACCUUCAGGUUUCCUUCUGACGCAGUCUAUAAUCUAAACACUUUGCCAUUAUAUAUUAUAAAGCUGUAUCGUCCUUUCAUAUUUUUUUUUACUCUAUAUCCUAAUGUUUUUGUUCUAAUUUAUAUAUGGAUCUGGCCAGUUCAUUUGUUUGUAUAUAUAGCACAUGCAUCGUGCUGUUUGUACAGUCAAUAAAGUAAAUAGCAUUCAUGUAUCACUAAAUGUACAUUACUAAAUUCACAAAGUAAAUUUAUUAUUUUUUUUUAAUUUUUAAAUUAUCAGAACUUUAUCUAGAGACGAAAAACUGUUCAAAAACUUUUAUUUGUUGGUGUAUCCAGAGUACAGAGAGUGAUAGACUAUGAUUUUUGUAUGUUACAGUGUCUGAAUGUUGUUUCUAGCACUAUGGAAUGAUUCUAUUGUCUUGUAGCUUUUUUUUGUUCUUAUUCAGUUGGCAACAUCAAUGCAUAAUUUAGAGUUCCUGACAAGAACCUUUAAAAAACAUUCCUAAGUAGUUCACUGGAUACACCAAACAGCUAGUUAGACUAGGAUACACCAAACAGUUAGACUAGGAUACACCAAACAGCUAGUUAGACUAGUAUAAACCAAACAGCUAGUUAGACUAGGAUACACCAAACAGCUAGACUAGGAUACACCAAACAGCUAGUUAGACUAGGAUACACCAAACAGCUAGUUAGACUAGGAUACACCAAACAGCUAGUUAGACUAGGAUACACGAAACAGUUAGACUAGGAUACACCAAACAGUUAGUUAGACUAGGAUACACCAAACAGCUAGUUAGACUAGGAUACACCAAACAGCUAGUUAGACUAGGAUACACCAAACAGCUAGUUAUACUAGGAUACACCAAACAGCUAGUUAGACUAGGAUACACAAAAAAGCUAGUUAGACUAGGAUACACGAAACAGUUAGACUAGGAUACACCAAACAGUUAGACUAGGAUACACCAAACAGUUAGACUAGGAUACACCAAACAGUUAGUUAGACUAGGAUACACAAAAAAGCUAGUUAGACUAGGAUACACGAAACAGUUAGACUAGGAUACACCAAACAGUUAGUUAGACUAGGAUACACAAAAAAGCUAGUUAGACUAGGAUACACCAAACAGUUAGACUAGGAUACACCAAACAGUUAGUUAGACUAGGAUACACCAAACAGCUAGUUAGACUAGGAUACACAAAAAAGCUAGUUAGACUAGGAUACACCAAACAGUUAGACUAGGAUACACCAAACAGUUAGUUAGACUAGGAUACACCAAACAGCUAGUUAGACUAGGAUACACAAAAAAGCUAGUUAGACUAGGAUACACCAAACAGUUAGACUAGGAUACACCAAACAGUUAGUUAGACUAGGAUACACCAAACAGCUAGUUAGACUAGGAUACACCAAACAGCUAGUUAGACUAGGAUACACCAAACAGUUAGACUAGGAUAAACCAAACAGCUAGUUAGACUAGGAUACACCAAACAGCUAGUUAGACUAGGAUACACCAAACAGUUAGACUAGGAUACACCAAACAGCUAGUUAGGCUAGGAUACACCAAACAGCUAGUUAGACUAGGAUACACCAAACAGCUAGUUAGACUAGGAUACACCAAAUAGCUAGUUAGACUAGGAUACACCAAACAGUUAGACUAGGAUACACCAAACAGUUAGUUAGACUAGGAUACACCAAACAGCUAGUUAGACUAGGAUACAACAAACAGAAAGUUAGACUAGGAUACACCAAACAGCUAGUUAGACUAGGAUACACCAAACAGAAAGUUAGACUAGGAUACACCAAACAGCUAGUUAGACUAGGAUACACCAAACAGCUAGUUAGACUAGGAUACACCAAACAGCUAGUUAGACUAGGAUACACCAAACAGUUAGUUAGACUAGGAUACACCAAACAGCUAGUUAGACUAGGAUACACCAAACAGUUAGACUAAGAUACACCAAACAGUUAGUUAGACUAGGAUACACCAAACAGCUAUUUAGACUAGGAUACAACAAACAGCUAGUUAGACUAGGAUACACCAAACAGCUAGUUAGACUAGGAUACACCAAACAGCUAGUUAGACUAGGAUACACCAAACAGUUAGACUAAGAUACACCAAACAGUUAGUUAGACUAGGAUACACCAAACAGCUAGUUAGACUAGGAUACAACAAACAGCUAGUUAGACUAGGAUACACCAAACAGCUAGUUAGACUAGGAUACACCAAACAGUUAGUUAGACUAGGAUACACCAAACGGCUAGUUAGUCUAGGAUACACCAAACAGUUAGUUAGACUAGGAUACACCAAACAGUUAGACUAGGAUACACCAAACAGUUAGACUAGGAUACACCAAACAGCUAGUUAGACUAGGAUACACCAAACAGUUAGUUAGACUAGGAUACACCAAACGGCUAGUUAGUCUAGGAUACACCAAACAGUUAGUUAGACUAGGAUACACCAAACAGUUAGACUAGGAUACACCAAACAGUUAGACUAGGAUACACCAAACAGUUAGUUAGACUAGGAUACACCAAACAGUUAGACUAGGAUACACCAAACUGCUAGUUAGACUAGGAUACACCAAACAGUUAGACUAGGAUACACCAAACAGCUAGUUAGACUAGGAUACACCAAACAGCUAGUUAGACUAGGAUACACCAAACAGUUAGUUAGACUAGGAUACACCAAACAGCUAGUUAGACUAGGAUACACCAAACAGUUAGUUAGACUAGGAUACACCAAACAGCUAGUUAGACUAGGAUACACCAAACAGCUAGUUAGACUAGGAUACACCAAACAGCUAGUUAGACUAGGAUACACCAAACAGCUAGUUAGACUAGGAUACACCAAACAGUUAGUUAGACUAGCAUUCACCAAACAGCUAGUUAGACCAGGAUACACCAAACAGUUAGUUAGACUAGCAUACACCAAACAGUUAGUUAGACUAGGAUACACCAAACAGUUAGUUAGACUAGGAUACACCAAACAGCUUGUUAGACUAGGAUACACCAAACAGUUAGUUAGACUAGGAUACACCAAACAGUUAGUUAGACUAGCAUUCACCAAACAGCUAGUUAGACUAGGAUACACCAAACAGCUAGUUAGACUAGCAUACACCAAACAGCUAGUUAGACUAGCAUACACCAAACAGUUAGUUAGACUAGCAUACACCAAACAGCUAGUUAGACUAGCAUACACCAAACAGCUAGUUAGACUAGCAUACACCAAACAGCUAGUUAGACUAUUUUCCGGUAGGCACGAAAAUCUCCAAUUUUAUUUUUGUAAUUUAACAUUGUAUACAAACAAGAAUUAUUCACAAGAGUAUUGACUACAUUUACGUAAAUGACCCCAUUAUUAAAUAAAUGUUACUUAAUAAAUAUUUGCAUGGGGCUAUGCGUCCGUAAUGAUUUGAAAUGUCUUGUUAUUAUUUGAACAGUAACAAUGCUGUUAUUAACUCAAUUGCAUCACAUAGUCUCGUGUUUAAAAUUGCAAUGAAACAAUGAAACAUUUAAAUAAAGACUGAAAUAAA